GGUUUCAAAAUACUGCUCGAAAAAUAAAACUGCAACUCCGCGUUGCGGGUGGUCUGUUUCAGUUCUAUUUGAAAAAUGAAACAGCUAGAACAAAGAAGAGCCGCGUUGCAACCAGUCUAAUAAGAGCAGAAUACGAAGAGAAGGCAGAUGAGCCCAGCAGGCUUCGCAGGCUCGUUUAAGUCUAAAAGAUGUCUCGUUGAGGUAAAGGUAAAGUAGGCAAAAACAGAUUCAAUUUCGAUAGAUGUCUACAAGAAGUCUCGAUGAAAUGCAUGGAAAAAGUCGAUUAAAUUUUACGAAUUUUUCUUUGAUACGAUCACCUAAAAAAAUAGUCUUUUGCCCAUACAUGGUUUUCUUUUUAAAACAAAUAACAGUUUCAUAUAUAGGAGCAAUACGUAAGGAAAUGUACGCACUUUGUAAGGAAACUUGUAAGGGUGGAUUUUCAUGGAUUUUUCGAUGACCGACAUCGAAAGCGGCUUUCGAUGCUCGUGCUCAUAUUUUGCCAAAAACUCAUUUUUAUCAAUCAGGUUAAAUCGCAAAAUGGUUUGGAUUGAUAUUUUAUGGUAGUAUAAGCACAAACAAAUACAUACCCAUCGCCGGAAAGUUGCGAAAAUGCGAUUUUCCGACUUUUCAUUUUCGAUGCACGAGCAUCUUCAGACGACCGACAUCGAAAGCAUACUCACGACCAUGCUUUGCUAAAAUGUCCGUGCAUUGAAACCCACUCUAACGUUAGGGGGGCUGCGGCCGAGAAUCGGGCAUCGCCAGUGCCAGUUAAGACGCUUAAGCAAAGACACGCACCAUAAAAAUUUAAUGUUUUGUGUUGCUCACUCACACCAAUAUCAUUCGCGCUUGCAAGCACGUACACUGCCUCAAUAAUCGUAACGCGCAAACUGUCAAACAUGUUUGUUUGCUUUUGCAAAAGGUUUUAAAAAUAGUUUGUUGCUUGCGCGUUUUUUUUUCGUUUUUCGUGAAAAUGAAGGUUUUGUUUAUUUCCCUUUGCAGCUUCCUCCUCCGCCACCUCUUCCAAGCGGCGCACCGCUGGCAUCCCCGAAGACCCAAACAACAACCGAGGCCCUGGCCAAACCAAGGAGGAAGAAUGGUUCGUCCUCCAGGGCACGGUCAUCAAGGAGGAUCCAGCGCGGAUGGCUGCCAAAGGAGGAUGAGAAGCAGAGGACCGAUUGCUGCACCGGCACCAGUGGCGCUCUAUCCGGAUCGCACUUCCGCAAAUGGUUCUGCCGUGGUGCGAAUUCGCACAAACGGUCAAGCGAGUGAACUUUCUCCCUUCGGCAACAGUCGCUUCCCCAGCAGCAGAACAAACGUCCAGUACGGCGUUCAAGUGCCUAGUCGACACAGUGGCCCAAAACCAUUCCAGCUACUAUCUGCUGACCCAGCUGCUCAACAAGAACCAGCAGAGCGAGAUCUUGCGCCGCAUGAAGAACGCCGAGGCCGACACAAACCAACUAAAACAGCAGCUGGCAAGUCAACAGCCGCGCAUUCCGAUCCCGCAAGAGCUGCAGUUCCCCAUCCAGAAAACACACAGAACGUGCUGCUGCUAGACCAGCGCGGGAUACUGUACGAGUAGGCCGUCGAACUGACCGCUGCCAACAUAUCCAGUCCUUUCGUCGGGGCAGUUCCAACCUCCGGAGCAAACAAAUUUACCGCGCCGUCGGCUGCUAACCCAAUGUUCCCCGGCGGAUCAACCGCAGCCGAGCUGUCCAACUCGCUGCAGCAGAGGAUGCAUCUCUAGCAACCCCUGGGACGUCAUGCCGCCGGAGCCGGCCGUGGUCCGUCACCUGGAACCUCAACUGACCAGCUUAGAGUGCUGCGCAUUUGUUCCUUCAUUUUCCGAGAGAGAAUUAACUUCUUGCAGGAAAGCAGUUUUUCUUGUUCUGUUCAAAUUUCUGAAUUGUUAAU